AUGGAGGAGGAGCUGGUCCAGAUGAAGGAUUCAGAGAAACAGCAUCUGUUGUCUUCACCCCUCGGGAAGACCCAGUCCAGAGGUCUGACUGUUCCUGGUCUAGACUUCACCUAUGGAAUUAGCAACAGACCAUGUUCAGACGGAGGCGUGGCCGAGGCGCUGUCAAGCUGGAAGGUCCAGCCCAUGUAUGAAGAGUCUGCUCAGAGUCUAGACUUUGUGUCUCUGAACCGGGAAGCAGUGAUGGCUGGUCUGGUGACAUCCAAAGAGCUGAGACAGUACCGGGUCCAGAGGGCCACCGAGCAGAUCCAGGCACCCAGACAUUGCCAGGGCAGGACUCCACAGCGCCCGGCCCCGGUACCUGAUAUCACCUUUGGAGUCAGAAGCAGGGAGCCUUCACCAAUAUCCGGCCUCCUCUCUCAUGAGGACGGUCGCCGCUGGCUGGACGCCGAGCUGAGGAGGGAACGUCUGACCCAGGAGCAGACGGUGAGAGAGACGCCGAAGCCCCAACACUCGCAGUGUGUGUGUGUGUGUGAGGUUAAACCAGGUCCGGUGGUGGAAACCAGGACCAGCCUGCUGCGAAGGGGCAGAUCUGUGCCAGCCUCGACAACACCCAGACAGUCUCGCUUCACACAGGUGGCGCCGGCUCUGGACACUUUUCAAGAUCAGGAGGCUCGUUUGAGGGCUCGGUCCAGUAGAGGACCUCAGGGUGUGGGGACAGAUGCUCUGGACUGA